CGCCUGUCACCAUUCCGGACGUCGAUCUGUCAACGAUCGACCGCGGCGGCCUUGUCGAAGUAUCGAUCCUGCGAAAUUCUGCGACGAGCCCUUUCGAUCCGCAUGAUGCCGCUGCACUAAAUCGUAACGUCGAACACGAGAGAGAGGAUCAAGUAGACGGCAGUGAGAGAUCGAUCGAGCCCGAAGAAACCAGGCAGGAGAAGAACACGAGAUGAAUCUCACCGAGCAAUACAGAGCGAAGGCCUUCGCCUUCGUAGCGCCUUCGAGCGAGGGUCCGGUUGCGGGGUGGAAAGGAUACGCUUUUCGGAUCACCCUCCUCGCGCUAGGAUUCGGCAUUUACGUUCUGCUGUUCAGAAAGAAGAACCCGUCCGGCGGAAGGUGGAGCUCACGUGGGAGUCGGGAUGUCUCGGACAGCGGCCCGGAUGACGAUGCGAGCGGCGUGACGAGAGAGCUCAGCGACGACGACGCGCCGGUGGUCCCAUACAACGGCGAGGUCUGCCCGAUCUGUCUCGGGGCGCCCAAGAUCGGCGUGAAGGCGCCCUGCGGUCACUUGCUGUGCGCGGAUUGCCUGGCGAGUUACUGCGACGUCAGAAUCGCACCUGCGCCGCCACCUUGCCCGUUAUGCAGAGCGCCGCUGAAUUCCGUGGCCUUGGCAUGCGACUUUGCCAUCCUGAGCUCCAAAACGGUAGGUCCGAACACAAUCAUGGUGCAGGACUGGAUACGCGAGUACAAUAAUCAUCGCGGUCUAAUGACGCAGGGACGGACCGCUCUGACGUCGCGAUUUAUCCUCCUCUUCAAUAUCCUGACCCUAUUUUUGCUCGUCGGAUUGAUCGUCACGAGGCUGCAGACACUCUCCUGGGAAAAUUGAGUGCACGCUUUCGCGAUCGAUAUCAUUCAUGGAUAUAUGAUAAUCGUGCGUCCAGUUCAAGAGAGUCAAGGCACCAAUUGCGAGCGAAUCUAAAUUUACCGUGGCUGCGAAGAUGGUUCGUCGUGGCGAACUUCUCUCCCUAGGUGGGACGCGUGAAAGAUAAGGAUCCACUGCUUUUUCGCAUAUACUGUGCGUAAAUCGUAGCGGGGUAAUCGAUUCGGG